AUGUCUUCCGAAAAUGAUAUGCUUUGCUGUGGCCCUAAGCAGGUCGAACCGGAAAUAGCUACCGACGACACACCUGUGGUUAGAGAAGUUUUGGGUCCAGCUUCUGAUCUGCCAAAUGGAGCUAAGAAGCUGUAUGAAGUACGUGAGAAGAAAAUUCUAGUGGUGAAUGAUAAUAAUAAAUACUACGCAACCAGUGGCCUGUGCUCUCACUAUAAUUUUCCAUUAGACAAAGGUUUUUAUCAUAAUGGUAAAAUUCGUUGUCCCUUGCACGGAGCUUGUUUUAACAUGAAAACAGGUGAUAUAGAAGACUAUCCAGGUUUCGACAACUUGCAUGCUUUUGAAGUUCGGAAAAUUGAUGAUAACCUCGUCUUAUUCGGAACUGAGAAGAAGUUCGAAUCAAAUAGGAGAAGAAAAGAAGCUAAGAGCGUCAAGCUCAUCAAAGAUAACCCAAUUAUUGUUGUUGGCUCAGGCCCUGCUGCUGCUAACUUCAUUGAACAUGCUAGGAUUAAUGGUGUGAACACUCCAAUCACCAUGGUAACGGAAGAAGAUGUUCUGCCUUAUGAUAGAGUUUUAUUGAGUAAAAACCCUAGUGUAGCUAUUGAUGGCUGCCGCCUUCGUGAUGAUGAUUAUUACAAACAGCACGGUGUCGAAAUUAUGCUCAACACAAAGGUUACUGAGGUAGACACAACUAGACGUCAAAUUACCACAUCGAAUGGAGGCUCGGUUGGUUAUUCGAAAUUGGUAGUCGCUACUGGAGGAUCUGUUCGGAAGUUGACUAUCCCUGGUCAUGGACUGAACAACAUUUUCUACCUUCGUACACUGCAAGACGCGCAUGCCAUUGCAGAAGCUGUCAAAGAUAAGCAUGUUGUUUGCAUCGGAGGAUCUUUCAUUGGUUUGGAGAUUGCCGCAAGUACUUACAAACUUGCAGCAUCCGUCACUGUUCUAAGCAGUUCUUUGGAACCUUUACCUGCCUUCGGAAAUGAGAUUGGAGCUGCUGUUCGCAAACGUUUCGAAGCAAAAGGUAUAAAAAUUAUUUGCUCAGCACAAGCUGCUGAAAUACAAGGAACUACCGAAGUUACCGGAGUCACACUCAGAGACGGAACUGAGCUACCGGCUGAUGUUGUUAUUGCUGGAAUAGGUGUCCUUCCAAACACUGACUUCCUCAAGAGUUCCAAUAUCAAGUUGGAUAAGCGCGGAUUCAUUCCUGUAGACAAGCACUUCCGAACAAACGUCGAUUGGGUAUAUGCCAUUGGAGAUGUUUGUGCUGCACCUAUUGAUCGUUGGAACUUAGAUUCUCACAAUAUUCAGCAUUUCCAAACUGCUCAAUCUCAUGGUGAACAUCUUGGAUAUAGCAUAGUAGGAAAGCCAGUUCCAAAGCCAUUAGUUCCAUUCUUCUGGUCUGUGUUCUUCUACGAGUUUGGUGUGGCUUUCUCAGGAGUUGCCACUGGGGAUGAAGAGACGUUCAUUCGAGGGGAUGUUGACGAAAUGAACUUUGUGAAAUACUACUUCAAAGAUAAUAAAGUCGUAGCGGUGGCGGGAGCUGGUCCUCGGUUUGUACCUCAACAAAUGAUCACAAUCUUCCAGAAGAAUAAAAUAAUUACAAAGGAUGAUGUUCUUCAAAAUGAAACUGAUGAUUGGCAGAAGUUCUUCUAA